AAGGUGUAAAGUGAGUUCUCAUUCGACCUACCACCGCCGGAACUUUGUUGGGGUGUUCUAGACAGUGCCAAACCAAACCCCGAAACUACGACGACACUCGCUACAGAAACUCACUCAUCACCUCAAGACUCAUCUCAUCCCUCAUCGCCCUCGCUCACAGACUCUCACCAUGGCCUCACGUAAACUCAAUGUGCUGGUCUACACCGGCACCGGCACGACCGUUGAAUCGGUCCGCCACUGCAUCUACUCCCUCCGCCGCCUCCUCUCCCCAACCUACGCCGUCAUCCCCGUCGCCGAGGCCGCCCUCCUUAAAGAACCCUGGCAACCCACCUGCGCACUCCUCGUCAUCCCGGGCGGCGGCGACCUGGGCUACUGCCGCGUCCUCAACGGCCCCGGGAACCGCCGCAUCGCCGACUAUGUCCGCCGCGGCGGGGCUUACCUCGGCUUCUGUGCCGGCGGGUACUACGGCAGCCGCCGGUGCGAGUUCGAGGUCGGCGAUCGGACGCUCGAGGUUAUUGGGUCGCGCGAGCUCGGGUUCUUCCCGGGAACGUGCAGGGGUGGUGCGUUGAAGGGGUUCGAGUAUCAUUCUGAGAGGGGCGCGAGGGUGGUUAGGUUGAGUGUGAAGGAGGGGUUUGGGGAAGGGGAGGGAGAGGUGUUGAGUUACUAUAACGGCGGAGGCGUCUUUGUCGAUGCUGAAAAGUUUGAGAAUGUGGAGGUUCUCGCUCAGUAUGCAGAUGAGAUUGCCGUCGAUGGGGGAGCUGGGAAAGCGGCUGUGAUACAUUGCAAAGUCGGCUCUGGCAAUGUCAUCCUGACUGGUCCUCAUCCAGAAUUCGCAGCAGCAAACCUCAACCCUCAACCCCAAAUCCCCUCCUACGAAGCCCUCGUCUCCUCCCUCGCAGCAGCCGACGCAGCCCGCGUAACCUUCCUCCGCGCAUGCCUCUCCCGCCUCGGCCUAGACCUCAGCGCUGACCCGUCCGCUCCGCCCUCCCUCUCCCGCAUGCACCUCACCUCGGCGAACCACGUCGAAGUAGGCGAGAUGCUCGCGUCCUGGGAAGAGGCCAUCACGCGCGAGACCGGCCAGGGCCAGGAUGCCGAAGACGACAAGGAGGAGUACAUCCGCGGCGAGCACGAUGUCUUCCGCAUUGAGAAGCUGUCUUCGCGGUGGGAUGUUGACGAGCUCAAGCAAGCUCUGCCGUCUUCUGGUUCUGGGGACGCAGGAGAAGGCCGGAUGGUGGAUUAUGAUGCCUUGGUCAAGGUGAUUGUGCCGCAUGAAGAGGAGUGGCCGGACGCCAAGGAGACACCGAGUUUCAAUCAUCGUUUGUUUUACGGCUCUCUCAAGGAGUAUCGCGCGAUUGAGCCUGCGGCGGAGGAAUGGGGUGAUACGCUCAUGUAUGGCGAGGUCGUCACUAGCACGAACACCCUCAUGGAUAAGAACCCCAAACUGCUCGCCCACCUCCCAACCGGCUUUACUCUGACGGCGACAACGCAAGUCGCCGGCCGCGGCCGCGGCACAAACGUCUGGGUCUCGCCAGCGGGUUGCCUCAUCUUCUCGACCGUCAUCAACCACCCAGCACAUCUAGCUGCCUCCCAUCCAGUCGUCUUCAUCCAGUACAUUGCCGCUAUCGCCAUCGUCGAGGCCGUCAAAUCGUACGACACAGCCUGCGGCGACGUUCCCGUGAAGCUCAAGUGGCCCAACGACAUUUACUGCCGCGACCCAGCAUCAACCCCCCAAGACCCCUCCUACGUCAAAAUCGGCGGCAUCCUCUCCAACUGCGCCUACUCUCAAGGCGCCUACCAAAUCGUCCUCGGCAUCGGCAUCAACACGACAAACUCGCGCCCCACCACCUCCCUCAACGCCAUCGCACCGUCGCUCCUGGCGCGGAUUCUCACCCGGAUCGAGGCGCUAUACGCGCAGUUCCGCCGCGAGGGGUUCUCGCGCGACCUCGAGGAGCGUUAUUACAAGCACUGGCUUCACUCGGGACAGAACGUCACGCUCGAGGCCGAGGCGGGGGCCAAGGCGAAGGUUGUGGGUAUUACGAGGGACUGGGGUAUGUUGAAGGCUGUCGAGGUGGAUGGGAUGGGGAGAGAGACGGGGAGGAUGUGGGCGCUGCAGAGCGAUGAGAAUAGUUUUGAUUUCUGGAAGGGGCUUGUGAAGAGGAAGCUGUAAGGUUUUUGAACUCACUGUAGCGGUCGCGUAGUUAUGCUUAAGCUUCUGUAGAUGAGGAAGCUGGAGCUGGCGACUUCGUCCAGAGAGUCCAUCAGACCUAUGCAGAUCGUAUCCCACUGAGUAAGACGAAUACCUUGCAAUACUUGGAAGAUGAUCAUCCUGGGCGAUAAGUCAACGGGGUAACCCAGAGAGGUACAGUAAGGAAGGGUCGUAGGGA